AUCCCAACAAGGACUCAGCGAGCUUUGGCAUUAUAUAAGAUGAAGUUUUCUAUAACUAAAUCCCGAAAACAAAUCUUAAAUAGAAAAAAAUUAUUAAAAAUUGUAAGGAAUGAUUCUGAGUAAGCCGCUAUGUUAUAACGGUUUCACAACAAAACUGACCAAUCAAACAAGAAGCUUGCUAAGCAAUCAGCCAAUCAGCGCAGUACCGCUGUUAUUCGAACUUAGCACCAGGAUGAGAUUCAUAUCAUAAAUGCCUUGACACCGAUCCGACUUAUACUCGAUUAUCCUCAUCUAUUUUUAUCACUGUCUUUGCGGUCUCAGCUGAGAUUCUUUAUAUAUAUAUUUUUUAAAUUCAUUCGCUUAUUAUAUUGGCAAUAUUUUUUUUUACAUUGCCAUACCAUCGAAGUAAAUUUUGUUAAAACCUAUAUCUAUAUACACCAUGGCUACCACACGGUCUAACACUAUGCGACUACGAACCUCGAAUCGUGAAAACACCGCCAUCUCGAAAUCAAAUAUAGAUGCCAACCCAGUGUCUAGAUCUGCCCUCAACGAAAUUGGUAACAAGGUUUCAUGUAUAACCCUUGAGAAUAUUAAACGAAAAGAAAUAACUAAGAAAGGAUCCCUUCGACAGAGAGCAGCCGUGCCGAAAACGACAAUAGUCAAACAGGAACUAACUCAACCCCAGCCUCCUCCAAAAACUGAAAAUGAAUCGAAAUCACAGUCGAGUCCAAUGGAAGUAUGUGAAACUGAGCCUCGAAUUGAUAUGGCUAAUGUUGUUGACAUUGAUGUUGACGAUCAUGAAAAUCCUCAACUCGUUUCAGAAUAUGUUAAUGACAUCUACAAUUACUUGCGUGAACUUGAGAAAACCUAUACAGUUAGAAGAAAUUACCUUCAAGGUCAGGAAAUAACUGGUAAAAUGAGGGCCAUUCUUAUAGAUUGGCUCUGUCAGGUUCAUCACCGCUUUCGACUUUUACAAGAGACGCUUUACUUAACAGUAUCUGUAUUGGAUCGAUUUUUGCAGAUUAAUCCAGUUAUUCGCAGCAAGCUACAGCUGGUUGGUGUUACAUCAAUGCUGAUAGCGUCAAAGUAUGAAGAAAUGUAUGCUCCAGAAGUGUCUGAUUUUGUCUACAUCACAGACAAUGCAUAUACACGAGCAGAUAUUCGACAAAUGGAGAUGCUUAUCUUGAAGACAUUAGACUUUAAACUUGGCAAGCCAUUGUGCUUGCAUUUUCUGAGAAGAAAUUCCAAAGCAGGACAGGUUGAUGCAAACACACACACAUUGGCCAAAUAUCUGAUGGAGUUGACAAUUGUAGAAUACGAUAUGGUGAACAUUCACCCUUCACUCUUGGCUGCUGCUGCAUUAUGUCUUUCAUUACAUCUCAUCUCUAACACAGAAUGGAACGAUACCCUAGCUUACUACAGCACGUACACGAAAUCUGAGCUUGCUGAUAUAAUACGCAAACUUGCAAAACUAGUCUUGAAAGCAGAAACCAGUAAACUAACUGCUAUCCGAACAAAAUACCAAGGCUCCAAAUUCUUUAAGAUCAGUACCAUUCCAGAAUUAAAAGGUGAUGCCAUCAGAAAAGUUGCUGAAAACUGAUGUCACUAUUUUUGACUCUUAAACAUGACAUAUUUGACUGAAUUUACAGUCAAUACUGAUUUACAUUUUUAUACAUUAUAAAAGAAAAGGUCUGUUUCCAUUUGAGGAGUCUUUGUAAUGUAAUCCUCAAAGUGCAAAUAGGUUAGCAGGAGUCCCUAGUCCUGCAUUGUGAAUGUGAUGAUAUUGAGGUACCUGUGCAGGUGUGUAGUUGUUGCCUAUGUUUAAGAAGUAUUUGAGGAUGUUUUUCUCCCUAUGUGAGAUAACUGAUGUUUUGGUGGAAGUUUUGUUAAAAUGAAAAUUAACGUUGCAACUAAAUGUCUAAUUCUCUGGAAAAAUUGUAUGGCUGCAGGGAUUUUCAGAGAACUUUUGAGGAGUUUUCGUCUGUUGCUCCCUUAUUUUUUUUUAAAUAUAUAUUUAUAAUCUAGCUUUAAGUUACUAGAAAGCAUUGAAUUUACUGCAGCUGCAUAUAGAUGCGUAUAGCAAGUGAACGAAUGUGAACAGCUGUAACAGGUAAUUGUAAGAUUGAGUGCACUACCUGCUGUUAAUUUAAUUUCAGUGUAAAUAUAAUAAACUGUAUAUAUGUCACUAUGCUUAAAUGAUUUUAUCUACUGUGCUAAGUACACAAAUAUAAUUUUGUAAUGAACUAAACACAUUUAUUGUUGAUUAAACCAACAUGAGCUAUAAACGUUUAAUUCUAAUUCAUGUUUUAUUCUUUGAGAACACAAUUGGUAUUUGAAAUGGAAGAUGUUGUUCAUCAGAUAUGUUCAAUACUUCCUAUUACUGAUACUGUACUUGGUAUUAUUGCUAAUUGUCCAUUUCUUUCCAUUCAGUUUUGGACAAAUUUCUGGUAAUUUUUGUGAUAGUAUUUCAUAACCAUUACAGAUGUGACAAACACUUAAGAUCAAUAUCUGGUAUGUUUGUUAUAUCUGCAAUGAGACAUAAGUUUGUUUCAUGGCAAUCAUUUCCUUAGUUUUCUCAUGGUUAUCUUUUUUUGAUUUUAAAUGACCAAUUCAGUUUUUAAAUUUUUUAAUACAGAAGUAUAGCGUUACAAUUUCUGGGUUUAAUACAGAUGUUAGCAAAAUGGUUGGUUCUUUUGUGUCGCACAAUAUUGGCUGUUUUGUGAGAAUAUUGCUGAUGACAUCAACCUACCUCUUUGGCAAUUUUGCUAUCACUUAAGUAAUGUAUGCAUGAGAAGAAAACCUUAAAACAUAGCUGAGGUUUUGAGGCCUCUUUUUAAGCCCAGCAGUAAAUUAUUUCCAUAUGUGUUGAUAAUUCUGAAUAAAUUCUUCUUACACACUA